AUGCAGUUUAACAAAUUGACUGUUUUCCUCCUGCCCGCUGUGGCAUUUGCACAGACUUAUACCGACUGCAACCCCACUGAGAAAACAUGCGAUUCCGAUGUUGGCCUCAACCAAAGUUCCUACACCGUCGACUUUACCGAGGGUGAAAGCGAUGACUGGAAGAUGACCUAUGGCAACGCCAGCUACGAUGACAAUGGCGUUACUUUCACUAUCACUGAGUCUGGAAAUGCGCCGACCAUGCAGUCGAACUUCUACUUCUUCUUCGGGACCGUUUCGGCUGUUGUGAAGGCUUCAUCCGGAACCGGUAUUGUGAGCUGCGUCAUCUUGGAGUCCGAUGACCUUGACGAGAUUGACUGGGAGUGGCUUGGUGGCGAUGUCGACCAGGUGCAGACCAACUACUUUGGCAAGGGUAACACAACCAGUUACGACCGCGGCACCUACGAAACGGUUAGCGACUCGCAGGGCACUUGGCAUAACUACACCAUCGAGUGGACUUCGGCCCACACCACCUGGUACAUUGACGGCUCCGCCGUCCGCACGUUGAACUACGCCGAUGCUGUGGACGGCAAAAACUACCCUCAGACUCCCAUGCGAGUCAAGCUUGGUUCCUGGUCCGCCAGCGACAGCGGCAGUGAGGGCACCAUUGAGUGGGCUGGAGGUGAGACGGACUAUGCUGAUGGCCCUUUCACCAUGCACGUAAAGAGCAUCAGCAUCAACAACUACAACCCCGGCUCCACCUAUACCUACGGUGACUUGACCGGAAGCUACAGCAGCAUUGAGAUCGAUGCUGAGGGUGCUACAACGUCCAACACCACGUCGACUGGCAGCAUCAGCGAUACCACCAGCGCCGGCAACACCACUGAUGUCACAUCUUCCAAUUCUUCUUCGUCCGCUACCUCCUCCAGCUCUGGCAGUACUUCUUCCAGUACGUCCAGCACAUCAUCCAGCUCCUCGAGCAAGUCCACCAGUUCUACCACGGCCUCGUCAGCUUCCGUUAUGAACUCUGUGUCGUUCAUUGGUCAGUUGUUGGCUGUUGCCGUGCCCGCUUUGAUGUACUUGGCUUAA